AUGACUUCCAGUCCCCCGCCUCCCGGAGAGCAAGGACGCGAGGAAGCAGAGAUGGGCCGAGCCGCGCUGCCGCCGCUGCUCCUGCUGUGGCUCCUGUGCUGGGCGUCCCGGGUCCAGGCGGCCCCCGACCAGGACCAGAUUCAGUGCCUGCCCGGACUGGCCAAGCAGCCGUCGUUCCGCCAGUUCUCGGGCUACCUCAGAGCCGCCGGCUCCAAGCACUUGCACUACUGGUUUGUGGAGUCCCAGAAAGAUCCAGAGAGCAGCCCGGUGGUGCUUUGGCUCAACGGGGGUCCGGGCUGCAGCUCCCUAGAUGGGUUCCUGACAGAGCACGGCCCUUUCCUGAUCCAGCCAGAUGGUGUCACUCUGGAGUACAACCCCUAUUCAUGGAACCUGAUUGCCAAUGUGUUGUACAUUGAGUCCCCAGCUGGGGUGGGCUUCUCCUACUCUGAUGACAAGGUUUAUGCCACCAAUGACACCGAGGUUGCCCAGGGCAAUUAUGAAGCCCUUAAAGAUUUCUUCCGCCUCUUUCCGGAGUAUAAGAACAACAAACUUUUCCUGACGGGCGAGAGCUAUGCCGGCAUCUACAUCCCCACCUUGGCUGUGCUGGUCAUGCAGGACCCCAGCAUGAACCUUCAGGGGCUGGCUGUGGGCAACGGACUCUCCUCCUAUGAGCAGAACGACAACUCGCUCGUCUAUUUUGCCUACUACCAUGGCCUUCUGGGGAACAGGCUCUGGUCCUUGCUCCAGACCCACUGCUGCUCUCAGAACAAGUGUAACUUCUAUGACAACAAAGACCCGGAAUGUGUGACCAAUCUUCAGGAAGUGUCUCGAAUCGUGGGCAACUCUGGCCUCAACAUCUACAACCUCUAUGCCCCAUGUGCUGGGGGGGUACCUGGCCGAGUGAGGUACGAGAAGGACAGUGCUGUGGUCCAGGAUUUUGGCAAUAUCUUCACUCGUCUGCCAUUCAAGCGGACGUGGCACCAGGCACUGCUGCGUUCCGGGGACAAGGUGCGCAUGGACCCCCCCUGCACCAACACCACGGCCGCCUCCACCUACCUCAACAACCCGUAUGUGCGCAAGGCCCUCCACAUCCCCGAGCAGCUGCCCCGCUGGGACAUGUGCAACUUCCUGGUGAACAUACAGUACCGCCGGCUCUACCAAAGCAUGAACUCUCAGUACCUGAAGCUGCUCAAUUCACAGAGAUACCAGAUCCUGUUAUACAACGGAGACGUGGACAUGGCCUGCAACUUCUUGGGGGAUGAGUGGUUUGUGGACUCCCUCAACCAGAAGAUGGAGGUGCAGCGCCGGCCCUGGCUGGUGGACUACGGCGAGAGCGGGGAGCAGAUCGCUGGCUUCGUGAAGGAGUUCUCCCACAUUGCCUUUCUCACCAUCAAGGGCGCUGGACACAUGGUCCCCACUGACAAGCCCCAAGCUGCCUUCACCAUGUUCUCCCGCUUCCUGAACAAAGAGCCAUACUGAGGACCGGGGGACACGUGGAAGCCCUCGCUGUCUGAUGCAAACCCUCCCACCAGGAGGGAGCUCCUCCUCUAUGCAGGUCCCCGACUCAGGACUGCCCCACUGCCCACAGCCCCAGCCCUGUGCAGGGCAGCCUGGGCCCAGCCUCUCCGUAGACAGCCUGGGGACAAGUGAGCACUUUAUUCCUAUAGCAGUACCUGGAGGGCAUGGCCGGCCCUCCCUGCUUAAAUGCCCUUCUGGAUGUGUGGGUCCUAUCCCGGGACCCCAGCUGAGCUCUCAGGGCAGCCCUUGGGAAGGCAGAGGGGGGAGGGAGGGGACGGGCUACAGCAGACGGAUCGAUUAUGAAAUUAAAUUGCCACGGCUUCAACCCA